GUGACUGGUGGUUACUGGCUGUGAUCAUGACUGAGAUCUCUUAUCUCGAACUUCACCUGCUCCGGAGCAGGUGAGCUGUGGAGCACAAAUUACCACUGUGAUUUGCCCCCGGUGAGAAGAGAACCAGUUUAGCAGGACGGAAAACCCACAGUUAAAACCUGAAGUUACCUCGACAACCGCGAAUCAUGCUUCAUAGUACAGGCCUCCGGUGGAGAGCGAGUCACGUGAGUUAUGCAAAUGAGCCAGCUGUCCGAGAGGAAGGAUCUGCUCGGCGGCUCUGCGGGCUGAAGAUGGCGGACGGUGAGCGCAGUGUCGGAACGGGCCUUUCAGCCGCCUCCGAAAUGGACGAACCUGCCGCGAAAAGGUCGAAAAUCAGCCCGGGAACCGAGCGUGGCUUCGGCGGAGCGGACCAAUUGUCGUGCGUCUCUGCGGACACGGACAGCCGGGGGGCGGCGGUGAAUCGAGCGCAGCCAGCGGAGAAGGAAGCGAAGCCGGCGAUGGCGGUAGAGCAGGCCCCGGCGGCGCUAGGCGGAGACAACAAUGGACUGGGACUGCUCGUCUCCGAGCCACACAGACCGGUCGUGAGGCUGGACGACAGCGCUGUACCCGGGACAACGGAGGAGGGAGCUGAGUUUCAUGAACACGAUGAGUUCACCUCCAAUGGUCUGUCUGUCACGCCGGACCACACCAACGACGACGAUGACAGAUCCUCACAUGCGAGCUCCAGCGACUGGGCUCCUCAACCUCAAAUAGGUUCAUACAGCUUCAUCCAGCAACACAUCAGAGAGACUGAUCCAAGGACCAUUCUGAGGGACUUGCUGCCCGAGACGGUUCUCCCACCGGAUUUAGAUGACAUGACUUUGUGGCAGAUCAUCAUCAACAUCUCGGAACCUCCGAAAAGAAAGAAGCGGAAGGACAUUAACACCUUGGAAGAUGUGGUUCGGCUUCUCCAUGAAAGUAAAAGGAUCCUUGUGCUGACUGGUGCUGGGGUGUCCGUUUCAUGUGGAAUACCAGACUUUCGCUCCAGAGAUGGAAUUUAUGCCAGGCUCGCUGUAGAUUUCCCUGAUCUUCCAGACCCUCAAGCUAUGUUUGACAUAGAAUACUUCAGACGGGACCCAAGGCCUUUUUUCAAGUUCGCAAAGGAAAUCUACCCUGGUCAGUUCCAGCCUUCACCCUGUCAUAAAUUCAUAUCAAUGCUGGAUAAGCAAGGGAAGCUACUGCGAAAUUACACACAAAACAUCGAUACAUUAGAACAAGUGGCUGGUGUUCAGCGGAUUAUCCAGUGUCAUGGGUCAUUUGCAACUGCAUCCUGCCUUGUCUGUAAACACAAAUUGGAUUGUGAGGCUAUAAGGGAAGACAUCUUCAACCAGGUUGUCCCUCACUGUCCACGGUGUCCAGAUAUUCCUCUGGCAAUCAUGAAACCUGACAUUGUCUUUUUUGGCGAGAAUCUACCAGAAAUGUUCCACAGAGCCAUGAAACAGGACAAAGAUGAGGUCGAUCUCCUGAUUGUCAUUGGCUCGUCUCUUAAAGUCCGACCAGUUGCCCUCAUCCCAAACUCCAUUCCUCAUGAAGUGCCUCAGGUCUUGAUCAAUAGGGAGCAGCUGCCUCACCUCAACUUUGACGUGGAGCUGCUUGGGGACUGUGAUGUCAUUGUCAAUGAGCUCUGUCAUCGAUUGCGUGGUGACUUUGAACAGCUCUGCUACAACACUGUAAGACUUGCUGAGAUCACAGAGAAACCUCCGCGGUUACCUGAGCAGCCACCAAGCGAGGCCUUGCCUGCUUCCAGUGACGCAGCUCAGGAGGAGCUGAAGCUGCAGAGUACAGACUCCGAAAUUAAGCCUUCAGAGGAGACAGAAAGUCUGAAUGUCACAGAGACUGCUGGUAAUAAUGUAACACCUCCAGAGCCUUGUGCUAAUGCUCAUUGUCCCAGUGAAGACACGGCCGAGCCUUCAGAGUUACCAGCAGAAGAUGCACCAAAAGAGGAGGCCGCCGAAGUGAAGCACCAAACCUCCAACCUUGAAUAUAGACGACGAUGCUGGAUGAGUAGAAUCAACAGAAGUCCCAUCAGCAAACGCCUUGAAACAGGCCAGUACCUGUUUCAAGGACCAAAUCACUAUAUCUUCCAUGGGGCAGAGGUUUACUCCGACUCUGAAGAUGAGACGUCAAGCUCGUGUGACAGUGACAGUGAGGAGUCUGAAUGCAGUGCAGAUGAGAUGGACGACGACAGCGAGCCAGAAGAAGCAGACACACUAGCAGCGGACGGAGAGACAUCCCUCAGAGACACAAUACAAAACACUUUAGCCAAUGAGACCACACCGAGUGUGCAGACAGACAAUACUUCUGAAAAGACUCCCAGCACCACACACCUUUAAAUGUAAAGUACAUAAGUCAACAAAGCACUAAUUAUCUUUAUAUAUAUAUAUGUUUCGUAUAUUUUUGACCUUUACCGUACUAUUAUUUUUCAUAAAGUUGAAAUUUUGUUACAACAUUGUGUGAAUAUGCAUCAAGUUGUUUUUUUGUGCCUGUUUUUUUUCUGUGCCCCAUUUGGUCACAUGCAUUGUGUCUGAAACCUCAUACUGUAUACUACUUACUAAAUAGAAUGCAGUAGCUCUGUUUGUUUUUUUCUUUUUAAGGAUUUCUUUCAGUGUGCGAAUCUGAUUUUGCAUUCACGUUUUCAGUAGUUUGGCUAAUGCUCUCAUCUACUGCAGCAUAUCACAAACGCAACACUAGAUCAAAAUUAAAUUCCUAAAAUUGCAGUAAUUAGAAAGAAAAGACUUCAAAUGUCAAAGUCAACUGUGAUGGAAUCAUGGGUUGUAGAGAUGGUUCAUGUUACCAUUGGGAAACAUGUAUGUAAAUAUGUAAGCCUACUGUCUGUUAAAAAGUGGGUACUAUGAGUUUCAGACACAUACAUACAGGUUCAGAUGGUUUAUUUGAAGGCAUACUCAAUCUUGCAAUAUAAGAAGUUCAGCUCUGUUCCUUCAGGAGGGUUAAUGCUGGAGGUAGAUGGGAAUACUACUUUAAUUUUAGACCAAAGAACACUAUCAACACGCUCCUACUUCAUCAUAAGCUUUGUAUGUUUGACCUGUCAUCUUGGAAAAAAUAUAACUAUUCUAAGGUGUUCCUUCAGACAUGUGGCAGCUACUUUUUAUGGUCACGCCUCUUAUUUUUAUACUCAGAUGUGAGACAUACUCAUCAAAGAGUAGAUGAUUUUAUCUGUACAAAGUUUUACUACAUUGUAAUAUUGAGCCUUAGGAAUCUAUUCAAUGAGUUGACAUUGAAAUGCGCCAUUUUUUCCCCCCUUCUUAUAAAACCGGUUUUGUUGCUUAUGUCAUCUGUCAUAGAGUUAAAUCGGUUUUCUUCAUCAUACAGAGGGGUCUGCUGCCUGUAAAGAUCAAGUUUUGGUAGAUAGACAUUUGAGCCAAUGUGUUGGAUACAUGGUUGACAUGCCAUUUACAAGGUGAUGUUUUGUUUACGGUUCAAGGAAAUAGGAAGUUUUUACGUCAUUCAAAGUUGUUAUUUCCUCUGGGGUUCUCAGUAAAAGCAAGAAUGGAAAAACA